AUUUGUGUUUAGAAAUUUUUCAUCACGAGUAUACGGUCUUGAGAUUAUUAGGCAGAAAAGCAGUUUAUCCUAGUUAUAUACAUAUAUAUAUUAUAUCCUCAGCUUGACAGGAUAAGGUAUGUUUUGACUGUUUAUCACAUAGGCCAUUUUUAUAUUAUGAAUAAAUGAAGAAUUUCACUUGGUUUUCAGUAAUAUUUAUUUUUAUUCGGAUAGUGGACGAUUUAAAAUCAGGUUUGUAAAUCAGAGACAAGACAAAAUACUUUUUGUUUUCGUAGAUAUGCUCGGAAAAGCUAAAACUACAAAGCUAGUAGUGCUCUUUUGCUUUACGUCCGUCACUAUAUUAUAUGGUUGGGUGAAAAAACUGACAGACCAUUCACAAAUAUCUUAUAAAAACGACGUUGAAAAUGAAAAGAUGUACAUAAGAAAAGGCAAAGUUGUGAUUUUGCUAAGCAACCAAAGAUCUGGUUCCAGUUUCGUUGGAGAAUUCUUUGCUCGAUUCAAUCGAGGGUUUUACUUGUACGAACCUCUGUUGCCAUACGGUACAGAUUGCGACCAACUGAACAGCGAGCGACUGGAAUAUCUCCAGAAAAUCUCACAAUGUGAUUUCAGUACUUUGAAAUCAAGCUACAGAUAUGCUUAUGCUACAAAUCACAUUCAGUCACAUCAUGAAUGUUUGUCAGCACAAGUAUGUUCACCCCCGAGGCACAAAACUAUACUCCAACGUUAUUCCAAGCUUUGUCAGAAUUUUUCGAAUCAUUCUAUUAGCCAAGCGAAACCGCCAAUUGUUGAAACAAUUAAACGUGGUCCAUGUGGCUUACCAUUGAAUCUGACAAUAUGGUCUUCAUUAUGCCAUUCCGCAGAUAUUGUAGCACUCAAAGUUUUGCGCAUUUGUACCGUGCAGUCAUUAGAGGGCAUUGUAGAAACACUCACCAAUUAUGGCAAUGAGGUUUACGUGAUAGAGCUCGUAAGAGAUCCAAGAGGAAUUAUUAACUCAGCACUUAAUCUUGAGCUGAGAAAGCCGGGAGUGGAUAAACGUCUCAACAGAAUAUGUGGAAGGUUCAGGAAUAAUUUUGAAUUUGUGGAACGAGAACGAGGAGAUAAAUUUUCAACCAGCUUGAUAUCUGAAGGAAGAUAUUUGCGGAUACGAUAUGAAGACAUCGCAACUGAUCCCGUUAAAGGAGCAGAAAAAAUGUACAAAUUCCUUAACAUGGAUUUACCAUCAGAAGUAAGAGAAUGGAUACAAAUGUCAACAGCAAGUCCGUCCGAAAAAAUUGAAGAGUUACAUGCUGAACUAGAUAAUAGAGAACUAACUCUUGAGGAAUUGAUGAAUUCGAAGAAAAGGCUAUCACAAAUGAAAAAAGAACAAAGAAAUCCUUACGGCACGGUUAGAGACUCAUCUCACGUUGUCGUCAAAUGGAGGAAAACGCUCAACAUGGACAUAAUUGCGCAAAUACAAAAGAAAUGUGGCAGUAUCAUGACCAAAUUGGGGUACAAGUUAAUUAACAGCAUAGAAGAGAGAAACGAUUUGAGCAAUCAACUCUAUUGAACAUAAGAUCUGAUCGGAGAUGAGCGUUCUUCUUGAACAUUUAAGUAGAAGGGAAAGUUCAACCUCAUUACAAUGAUAGGAUUGAAGAUGGCGCUGUUCUAGAACGAGUGGGAUAGAAUGUAGAGCUUUAUUCCAAUACAGUGAUGGUUACACGAGAAUGAACAAUUAUAGAAGGCUCCAGAUGUUAUACUUUGUGACGAAAAAAACGAGAAGAUGAAGUAAAUUUUAUUGUUCAAAAUAUUUGAAUUGAUAUUAUUCUUUAAAUGCGGCCUGUGGUACAAAUAUACGCCAUGGACAUUUCAACAUUUCUCACGAAUAUACAAAAAAAUAAAACUCUAACGAUCAAACUAAUAUUAAAUCAAGAAGUUUUCAGCAAAAGUCUCGCAUCGACUUCUAUAAAUAUAUAAAUGUUGGUAUAUAAAUCAUAACGGUAUAUGUACCCUGUGAUGUAAUAACUUUAAUGCAUAUGUUUUGAAUUGCGUAUUAUAUGACAUUGUGGCUUUGGGUAAAGAUCGAGGUGGUAACGAUAUGACUUAUCAAUCUAUCGCUAUGUUUUAAAGCCGGGAGAAAUCCUGACUCGGUUUGAUCUGGAAUGAAUAUAUAAUGUUAAUAUAUAUCGUUCGCCUUUGUGUGUGUACUUGUGUACAUUUAGAAAUUAUUGAUACGUCAUUGCGUAGAGUGUUGCUGUCACAUUUAAACAUGUACCCCGUGUUUGUUGUGGGGCUGCGUAAACAAUUCAGGAAAAUAUUAAAUAUUGAAAAAUUGAAAUGUUGAUGUGUUUAUUAUACAUGCUGUUCACUACAACUACAUCACUACAAGCUGUUUUACUGAAAGAUUGAUCAUCGGACAUUAACAACGCACAUUGCAUCCCCUUAUUAAAUUCUGUUCUUUUUUUUGUAUUUUUUGGCAGUUUUAUGGUCACUGAUAACUUUGUCAAGUGUCAAUAUCUUUACUUAUUCUUAUAUCUUUACUUAUAACUGUGCGUGAAUUUGAUUUGAGCGGAUCAUAAUUUGAAAGACUGAUGUGCAUGCUUACUUCUGUACUGUUGUUACGCAACGUACAUAAAGUACACAGCGCCAUCGUCCGAUUCCCUUCAAAGAGAUCAAUGUAGGAUCAUUUUAGCGAUGUCACUCGAUAGCACAAGGCAUCAUAGUUUGAUAAUAUCCUAAAGUAAUGUUUUUAUUUAUCCGAAAACAAAACACUUCAAUGCAACUAAACAAAUAAAAAUCGAAUAAAUUCAUUUUUGACGUUGAGUAAACAGACCAAUGCGUUGAUUCUCUUUCAUAUAUUAAAACGAAAUGGCCCAUA